GAUGGUGAGGAUUCAUCGAAGAGGGAAACCAUUAAGAAGGUGUUUGACUGUCAGCUACGGGUCAGAGCCUGACAGAGAUGAGCAACCUCCUCACUGAGGGUGCUUUUAGUUCUGUCCAAACCAGUCCCCUUCAGGUCAAAUCAUCUGCCAAACUCGGUUGAAGCCCGUCGUCACCUCGAGUUUUCUCUGAUAUCAUCCAAUCCAAUCCAUAUCGCCACUAUUCCUCUGACUAGUGCUCAUUAUGACUUACGCAUCUUCUAACACAAUUCCUCGCCGGCGGCCGUUGACCCUCACGCCUAUCAAGGUAAAGGGCCGCGGUCGCAAGCCGAAGUGGCAGCCCCCCAACCCUGCGCAGCUUCAAAGCUUGAUGGAGGAGCGCCGAAGGAAAAGAGAGGAGGAGAACGGCCACGAUAAUGUCGACGAUAUUUCAUCCAGGUCUUCCAAACGGUACAAGCAGUCCUUCCCACCGAAGUCUAGGCUCGAGUCGCUACCCCCCGAAAUGCUCUGGCCCAUAGCCGUCAGGUCACAGAACCUGCAUCUCCUGAGGGUCAGCAGGUUUCUUCGAGGUCUCUUGUCAGACAGAUCAUUCGAACUGGAAAUGGCUGUGGCGGCAUUCGGCCCAACAUGGGAUAUGUAUUUCGGCCGGCCGAGGAGCACUAUUGGUAGCCCUCCUGAACCUGAACAGUUUCCUGGGGACCCCAAAUUCCAGGGCAAUGUGCUUGCUGCGCGUCUCAUGCAUGACACGCGCUACAUGAAUGUUGAUUUCAUACUCAAAGCCCAGCAGGUCUGGUGUCGCCAAGAGCGCACAGAGAGGCACAUGGAAAAAGCGGCGUGUAUCUUGUGGAAACCGCCGACCCAGGUACAGCCAAAACAAGAGGGAUCGGAAGCCAACAAAGACCAGCGAGCUGAAGAGAAGCAAGAACUUGGAUACAGGGAGCGAGAAGUGGAGAAGAUCAGGGAGAGGUUCGACGAAGACUGGCAAGAGUUUUGCGACGCCUGCCCGUUUAACAACACAACGAAACUCGAAUAUGAGAUCGGAACGAAUACGCAGGGCCCGAAAGGCGGCUAUCUGGACCUCCACCCUUUGACACCAAUUCCCGAUCGGUUCUUGAAAGGGCCAUUUGACUUGGAAUCAGUCAAAUUACUCUUCUGGCUGGUUCGUGGAGGAGCCCGCAUAUUGCCCGAGCACAACUGGGAGGCCACCAAACACGGAUUCGAACAGAUCAUGAACGUGGAGAGUCGGCUGGGCAUCUAUGUGCUCAUCCUCUUCGACAUUCUCGGCGUGUUCCAGAAGGAGCAUUGGCCACCAUUUUUGCUCGACGAGAAAAUGAAAUGGGUCAAAGAGACAAGGCGGGUUGAGAUGUCUGCUCAAUCGUGGAAGUACCGUCUGUCCAUUCUUGCGCAUCGCAUGUUUUUGUCGCGCCAGGAACAGGAAGAGAAUUCGCGCCUGGGACGGGAUAGUUUGAAUAGUGGGAGGAGGGACAGGGGGCCGAGGAGGUGAGACU